CAAAACUGAGAGCAGCGCGUUGCAAGCGCCUCGCUUCACGACUUCAUCUAUCUUUGUAUCACCAUGGCCGAAAGCAAUAUCCCCGGGCAGAAUGGGAUUUGCAACGAUAAUAAGAUCAGUACACUGUUUGAAGGCGCUGCCUGGGAUAUCACUAUUCCUUCCUCCGACAACUGGCUGUUUCGUCUACACAAACAGAAUUUGGAAUGUGCUGCAGAUGGGUUCCCCUCGUCGAGCACAUCCACCCAUGGCGAAAUUGUCGCAUUAUCUGACUCCGGUGCCGUGCUGGAGAUUCUGUUUCAAAUUAUUUAUAUCCGUCCUUCGCCAGCGUUGGAAAAGUUAGACUUCCAGGUUUUGGCACUGAUUGCGGAGGCAGCAGACAAAUACGGUAUCUUCAAUGCAAUGUAUGCUGUUCAGUUUGCAUUAAGGUUUAUCGGAUUUUGUCUUUCUCUGCAAGCUUGAUAACAAUGGGUUUCAUGCAAUUUCACGACAAAAUUCAUAUUAUCCUACAUACGAAGGACGUUUUGCGUUUUGCCACGAAAUACCAUUCUCCGUCGAUAAUCGCUCAGGUGCCACUCAAAUUUAUCAUCGACACACCGUUAUCAGAGGUCGACGAUGUUCUCCCUCCGUACAUUUACAAACAUUGGGUAAUAUAUGGCGAUGUUCAUACCGUCCAUUGCAGAGC